UAAAUAUCCCCUCGAAAUGAAACUGAACUUCCGAAUCCUCUUGUCCACCAACCACUUUUCUCUUAUCCCCUUUUUUGUUUCCAUUGUAUUGCGCCAUCAAACGCUACUACCAUGACGAGCUCUUCUCAAGACAGUGGUGGCCCUCAGAAGUGGGCACUUCUAAUUGGAAUCAACUAUUACAUUCCCGGAAACACCCGCCAUCCGGUUUACGUAACUCCCCUCACUGGUUGUGUAAAUGAUGUGGAAGUAGCAGAGAAUUACCUUUUUAAGCAUCAACAUAUGGAACGCCAACGCAUUCAGAAGCUCACCGCAUCAUUUCCUUCCACCAACGACUCUUCUCUUCCGGCUGAGCCGCCGGAAAAUUGGCCUACCUAUGAAAACAUCAAACAAAUUUUCGAGAGAGUCACAAAGGAAGCGAAUACAGACGACAUCAUCUAUAUCCACUAUAGUGGUCACGGCGGAAGAGUUGUUACCAUUGGUCCUAAUACCGUGAAUAAUGAGCCUAAUCUCGUCAACCGACUCAGAAUUGACGAGGCCCUAGUUUCUGUUGAUUUCAACACGGGUGGCAGAUACUUCAGGGAUAUCGAGCUUGCUUGCGUACUUAAAAAGAUGACUGAAAAAGGUAUGGGAACAAGCGCUGUCGAAGAGUCGCCUAAGUCAAAGGUUCGGCCAAUCCAAGGCAACAGUGCCGACAGCAAGUCAAGGGUUCGAUCAGUCCAAGGCGUCAGUGCUGACGGCAUAGAUUGGACAAGGCUUGAAACCGAUAUAUCGGAUUUUCCAGAACAUGAACUUGCACACGCAACUCAAUUUCACAUUGGGAAGCGACCUAGCAACUCAGCAACAGAGCGGUCACCGCAAGAUUGGGUGAUCGCAGCAGCAUGCCAACCACACGAAGUAACCGGGGAAAGAUUACUGGCCAUCGGUGGAUUGGAACCGAAAACCAUUGGAUAUUUAACGUACGGGUGGUACGACAGCCUCCUAAAUGCUACCGCAAAUAUAUCGUACGAUGCACUUUUCCGCCGAACACAAGAUAUGAUGCGACAAAUAGGAGUCAGUAAUUCUCCGGUGAUCAUGGGAAAUAUUCGGCGGCAAAUGUUUAUCAAUACUGCCACUGAGGUCACUCACACUAUCCCUAUAUCAAGUCUUGGCGACCGUCGAGUUAUUUUGUGGAGCGGUAGAGCACAUGGAGUCUGUGAAGGCGACAUCUAUAAAAUUUACUCUUGGGAUACAAGCCAUAUCGGACUUUCCAGCCCUCAUCUAGCAAUCGCUGAGGUUAAAGUCCUUCGACCCACUGAAGCGGAAGCUGACCUUCGAAUGAAGGUAGGAAAGAAAGCUCUGGCUGUAGGUUGUCAUGCCAUCCUUCUACACCGAAAUUUUCCAAGAGUGACUCUUCAGUUGGUGGUGAUAUUGGCACCAGAUGCGACUGAGACACAGAAGUCGAAAAUUGAACGACUGAAAGCUUAUGAUUUGUCAAAAGUUGAAUUGACUGCGAAGGUUGUGCUUGGGAGUACGAGGCAAAAUCCUGAGCGCGAUGAUAAGAGAAUCUAUCACUUCGACCUCUUAGUGAACUCUAAUGGCCAGUAUUUGCUUCUUGAGUCAGGAAAAGAAUCGAAAACGCCACUCCCACCCUCAUCUUCACCUGAAUUAUUGUUUGAGCUCCUCAACAACAUAGGACUUUACUAUCACUACCAGACACUCCAAUGCCCUAACCCAAAUCCGAAGAUUUUCGAUUUUCAGCCAUCUUCGACACAACCAGACAAAUCCUGGGACUACUCUGAUGGACAGCCAAUCGAUAUGAAUAAUGGAAGUACAUUCGACGUAACCUUGGAAAACUGGACACAUAAAUUCUUGUACAUUUCAAUCUUUCGUUUUUCAUCGUCUUGGGGUAUUUCUCGGGUUCACCCUCCUCCCGGACUCGGUGACUACGAGGAAGUAGAUUGGGGUCACAAGCGUCAGCGAAGCAUCACGCUAUCGUUCCCAAAAUCUGCUUCUGGACAAAAAUAUGUGGUCGAAACGAUCAAGAUUUUCGUCACUACCCAACCCACCUCUUUCCGGGCUAUGGAGGGUGUUUCGGACGUUGAUUCUACCUCUAAAGUCAAUGAAACAUUCUCAGGAGAAGACAGUUAUCAGCAGCUUCACAAUACUCUCCACACCUUUGACAGCCCCCACACGCAAGCUCAUAAAAUUAAGGAGCUUGCUAACAGACCACGUUUUGAUACAGUGGGCAAUCAUUUGGAUUCUACUACAUUAAAGACUUCGAAAUCACGGCCCUCGAAACCACGGCCCAAAAUGGCCAAAAUGGCAAGAGUAAACAAUAGCAGCGGUACAAGAGAAGUUUGGCAAACAAAAGAUAUUACAGUUCAUGUGUACCCCUAA